AUGGCUCCACUCAACAUGAUCGACCUCGACAUUAGCCAAACUUCAACCAAUGAAACCGAUCUCAAGCAAGACCUAGGAAUGGCUACCUUCAAGUCUUUGGAGGAUUACGACGAUGUUUCUGCUGCCACCCCAGCCACUGCUGGCAUGAGUUCUGGUCUUUCGUUUCAAGACUACCUUGACUUUUUGGUCACUGAUAGUCCAGAUCAAGCGCCCGAGGAAGAGUGCUCAACACCUCUACUAGAGCAAAAUCCCCUCGGAGGCUUGCUCGAUGAGUUUUUGGUCGAUGGUGAACAGCCAGAUAACGUGAAACGAUAUUCAAGUUGUUCACUGCAGCGCCAGCCCGAUGCGCCGUCUAUUCAUACGUCUAUCCAGGCGAGGAGAUUGAACAACAUCUUGAACAAUAUGGAUGGAACCAGCAUGCGCGUUCCAUCAAAGGCUCACAAAGAGUCAUCCUCCAAGAAGUUGGAAAGAAACUCGUCCAUGUUAGAGGUUCAAAAAGGAAAGAGAGGACGCCGACCUACUACGCGUGCCUCCGCUCCUGACCUCCGAGCCAAGUCUAUGGUUGCUAAGUCCCCAUCAAAAGCUGCUGGAAGACGCAAUACGAGUUUUCCAACUGUCCGCGAAGACAACAGUUCCUCACUUGUGAGCAGGGACGAGAUGGAUGCGGCGAUUCGUGAAGCUUUGGUUGCUGCACGUCGACCAACCUCAUCAGCUGAAGAGAAGUUUUCAGCCAAGCCCAAACUUCCAGCCAUCAAGGACAAGCUCCUAAGCCCUCCUUCUAGAAAGAAGUCUGCACGCAACAUGUCAGUGAGCAAACUAGUACGAAGCGCAAGCACACCAGACAGACUCAUCACCGACUCCAAGGUUCUCUCCAAGGUUCUACAUAAAUCCUCUGGUUCUACUCUCUCUCGAAUCAGUGGCAAGAGCACAGCAGUUUCCGAACUGUUGAAGAAUGUGGUGGGAACACGUGCAAAUUUCCAGAAAACAAUGGACGAGAGUAUCAACACUGUCGACUCGGUGGCCAUUCUGAAAGCCAAGAAGAAUGAGUUGCAGACUAGCAGGACUGAUCGUCAACAAGCGUCUAUGGAAAGGGAACUGCAAGAGAAAGAAGAAAUGAUCAAGGCACUUUCUCGACAACUAGAGGAAGCAAGAGCAUUGAAUCAAAAGAGGGAUAUGGAAAUCAUUCGGAGAAAGUCAGUCGAUAAAACCAGAAGGACACCAAGACCGUCUGUACAGCCCGUUACCAAACGAAGCAGCCCGCGGUCUUCCGUUCCACUUAGUGUUGUUGACCGACAGAGCGAGCUGUCGUUGCCUAGCACCAAAUCACGAAACCAAGCUACUGCCGAGGACAGUGGAUCCAUGGUUCAGAAGAAGAAAGCAAAGACUUCCAGAAUCAAGGAUUCUCUUCGGUCUUUGGAACAAUACGAUGAAAUGAAUAUCCAAGAAGAAACAAUCGGAAGCAGCUCAUGCAAGAAACUGAAGAAGGUUCGCGUUUCGGUGACUUCGAGAAAGCCAAAAAGAUCGACAUCUAACGCUUCAAAGAAACGGCAGACAACCCCACUCUCGAAGGUCAAGAGGAGCAGAUCUGAGGGGUCAAUUUUAAAGAAAGGAACAAAGUACUAA